UAUAGUAUUAAUUAUGGAACUACAUAUUGGAAAAAGGUUCUAAGUCACACAAUAUUAUAAUUCUUAAAUUUUUUUGAUUGGGUAUGUGACCCUCUUUACCUCAUAAACGCUCUCACGUAUACACCCGACUUGCUAUUCUUGCUUUACGGGCUAACUUAUGUCAGGCAGGCUUUGUCGCUUCAGUGCGACCCUAUCCUUUCACAGCGUCACCCUCAAAACAGAAACUAUACUUCUCUAAUAUCUGGAUGGCUUCCGAAGCUAUGUGGUAUCCCUGGUGGGUGCCACUUCACCGCGUGGUGCGCUCCAUCAUCAUUCUCAGCCCUGAAAAACGGGAGCCGUAUGCCUUUUUGUGGUCAACAUAAACUGCGGGUCUACUGUUUCACGUUACCUUUAACAUGUGUAUAUGCAAACUGCCCCAAGCACCUCAUGAUUUUCAAGAAAUCAUGAGACAGAACGAGAUCGUUCUGUAUGGCACUUUGUUCCGAGCGAAUAAUACGCGGUUAUAUAUCCGACAUUUUGUCUCAAAAGACGGAGCUGUGCACUUACGGCGGACUCACUUCUCAAGAAAGUCUAUGAUGAAUUUUUGUUCGCAGGGUUCUCGUAAACCUCGCUAAAUUUCGACACGAAACAGAUACAGGCGUGAUCCCCUCGAGUUUGUCUAGAGAAUGAAAUAUUUUUUGAAGACCUGACGCAAUUCACUGAUGUUUUGCAAAUUAAAGUUUGUCGAAUUUUCGAUACAUGGGAGUCUACGGGAGGUGCAACAAAUUCCCUUCUCUCGGCACGCCCGGCCGCGAUAUUUGGGCCAAAAUGAUGUCAUUCCCUACAGUAAUAGUCGGGGAAUUGAUUUCAAUCAACAAAUUCGACAAGCUCACUGCAGUUUUCCAGAUCCCUGCGAAUGAAAACAAUGGCUCCGUGGUUUGCUAGCAUGUUUCGCAUGCUGGAGCCGAUUACAUUACUUCCUUACAGGGCGCGGCAGGAAAGCAAAGCGAAGAAAACAAAUUUUGCGACGGUGCAGCCAACUCUCUUCGGAAGCGAACGUUAGCUAGAACUUUUUUCUUGUUCCGUGUUAGCACCGCAAAGCAACUGUGGCUAUGAGGGGCGUACGGAUGUGGAGAGGACAGCAGGAAGCAGUGGGGUUCAGGGGGGGUUAGUAUGCGUCCCGCGGGCUGACUUCGGGGGGAACUGUGCCGACAUUCGUCUGGAAAGUCUUUGGAAAACGCAGGGAAAACCUCAGAUAGCACAGCCGGUGGUAGGAUUCGAACCCACCACCUCCCAGAAAGCAGAACACAAGUGUCAAGGCGCCAAAAUGGCGGCGUUCGCUUCUGCAGAAGGUGACUUCACAUUAUAUAGAGGGAGCUAGUAUUCAACCUCGCAGCCACCCUGGGCACCCUAUUAUUAUUCUACUGCAUCCUCCUGGCGUACAAGAGAUAGUUGAUUCUGUUUUCCUUACCUUUUCUUUCUCUCUCUCUCUCUCUCUCUCUCUCUCUCUCUCUCUCUCUCUUUCUCCUUCUUUUUACAGCCACUGAAAGCCGCCUUUUUCGCUGUUUAUCGGAACCACACACGAGAUACUGACCAAACGUUGCCGCCAGUGAACCCUCUAGAAGGAACCCCGCCAUGGAUGUGCCUCAGCAAACUAGGUUCAUGGCAACUGAAUCGUCAAUAAGUGGAAUGCGCGAUAUCCUGGAUCCAGUUGCCCGUUGGAGAUCGCAGCGGCUUCUACUUGGAUGUGCUGCACCAUUCCUUCUUGCGCCUCUGCUUGCUCUCGGAACGCAGGCCUCCAAAUGCUUGUACGCCAUAAUGGUGGUAUGCUCACUUUGGCUCAGCCAGCUGAUUCCAGUGCAGGCCGCUGGUCUUGUACCUCUUCUCCUUAUCUCUGCCCUCGGUAUAGCCCCAACGAGAGAUGUCGCCAGGGCCUACUACGAUGACAACGUGCUUGGCGUGAUAUGCUGCUGCGUCCUGGCGUGCUGCUUCGAGGAGAGCCGUCUGCCCAAGCGCAUCGCGUUGCUUCUCUUGCAUUUGCGUCUCGGCUACAAAGCCCUGACGCUGACGCUGGUGUUUGCCUUCUCCACGGCGGCUACGACCAUUGUUGCCAGAAGGACGUUCUCCGUCACCAUCUAUUCGCUCCUGGUCCGCGCCCUAGCGCGAGAGAUGCGAUGCACGGCCAAGCUGAGAUCCACCGCUGCUGCACGGUCGUUGCAGCCGACCAUCCCCGCUGUCACAACCGCAGACGAUCCUAAGGUCCUGACCGAAGCUAUAGACGAAGAACCCGCCGAGGUGAAAAAAGAGCUCAGAGAGUACCAACAGCUUCAGAACGCCCUGCUCAUAAUCGUAGCUUUUUCUUCCCACCUGGGCUCCUCCUUCUUUUUCACCGGAAGUCAGAGACACCUCCACUUUAUGGAGCUCUGCAGCAAGACCAUGGAACCCGGCACUUUGACGGCUGGAGCCUGGAUUGCAGUGAAUGCGCCUAGCGCAAUCAUACUCAUUCUGCUCAUCUGCGUUGCGAUGCGAACUUUUUACAUCCUCAAGCUAGACGUGUACUCGAGGGACUCCUACGACCAUCGUAAGGAGAUGAAUUUCAUUUUCUCAAGUCAGUACAGCGAAAUGGGCCAGAUAACUGCAUGGGAGGCUCUGAUGGCAUUUUUUCUCUUCUUCUUCGUGGCCGUUCAGUUUACAAGGCAGCCGGUCUUGUUCCAUGGAUGGGCUGAGUUCUUGAACGCCGAAGGGUAUGUGUCCGAUGCUACGUCGUCGGCGCUCGUCUUGCUCGUCAUGGGCUUCGUACCCAUCCGGCUCAUGGAGUUGAUGUCCAGGCACCGCGUGCUGAACUGGCGUGUCGUGCUUCCCGAACUGCCUUGGGGAAUUGCGCUCGUACUUGGAGCGGGGAACGCUUUCGCUUAUGCCGCAAAUAAGACAGGCUUAACGGAUACGACGGUCUCGUGGCUAGACCGCGUUACAGACAAACCCAUCCUCACCCAAGUUGGCCUGUCAUUUUCGUCUGCGUUCUCGGCGCAGUUCACCCGAAAGUUCCUCGAUGCCCCACGCCUGCAUCAAAUCGUGGACAAGUCCGUGCAGGACCGCGUGCACCCUAUGAUGUACAUCCUUCCAACGGCGUCAGCGUCGUCAUUCUCUUACGUUAUGCCUACCGCCUCCGUUGCCAACGUCAUGGUCUACAGAUACGGCGAUGUCGCACCUGUCCAGAUGCUUAUCUCAUCGAUGGUCCUGCUGGCGUGCAGUUGCCUCCUCACCGUGGGCUCGUAUCAUGUGCUCGAACGAUCUCCCUUGUCACAUUAUCUACCUCACUGGGGAAACUCUACACGUCUGUAAUGGCGCAGAAAUGCAUGUUCGCACUGGUCGACGUGGGACAACCGUCUAUAAUAAUUUUGCUAUAAUAAUUCCGCUUUGUAAUAAUAUGACG